AUGCCAGUAACAAGUAAUAGGUCAAGGCAGAGGGCUUGGGCUAGUGGACCCUGUGUUCAUUCAAGUCAGUGCCAACAGAAGCUGCUGUUUUAUUUAGUCAUCGUCCUGGUUCAGACCACAGCUGUUCUUGGAGCACUGGAGCUCCAGCUGGAUGAAGGCCAACCAGCAGGGACAAUUGUUGGAGAUAUCAGUGCAGGAUUACCACCCGGUGAAACCGCAAGCCUUUACUUUAUCUCGGACCAUGAGGGCACAGGUGUUGGCAGCGACCUCCACAUUGAUGAGACCACAGGCAUCAUUACCACAGCACGCCGUCUGGACCGUGAGGAGAGGGACCACUACAGCUUCAUUGCUGUAACUAUGACAGGUGUCACUAUUGAGGUGUCCAUUACUGUUAACGACAUCAACGAUCACGCACCUGCGUUCCCCAAAAAGAAAGCCAUUCUUAAAAUUCCUGAACACACAGCAGUAGGGACCAGGUUUUCCUUGGAUCCUGCGACUGAUGCUGACAAAGACCAGCUGACCACCCAAGGCUACGCCAUCCGAGAGGGUAACGUAGGCCAGACAUUCAGGCUUGAGACUAAGAGGGGUGCUAACAAGGUUCUGUAUCUGGAUUUGGUGGUCAAUGGACUGCUGGACAGAGAGAAACGCUCAUCGUACAACCUAGUUAUAGAGGCCUUUGAUGGAGGCUCCCCCAGAAAGGUUGGAUCCAUGACUCUGGAAAUGACAGUGACUGACAUCAAUGAUCAUGCACCCGUCUUCAAUCAGAGCAGAUACCAUGCAAUUAUUUCUGAAAGUCUCCCACAAGGAAGCAGCAUUCUGCAGGUGUUUGCAGCAGACCAGGAUGAAGGAGAUAACGGUCUUGUCCUUUAUGAAAUCAACCGCCGUCAAAGUGAUCCUGACCGCUACUUUGUCAUUGAUCUGAAGACAGGAGUCAUUACUCUAAAUAAACCCUUAGACUUUGAGCUGAAAAGGGUUCAUGAACUGGUGGUCCAGGCCAAGGAUAAUGCCAGCCAGCCUGAGGUGACCAACGCUUUUGUGACCAUUCAUGUCCGUGACUUUAAUGACAACCAGCCUACCAUGACCAUCAUCUUCCUCAGUGAGGAUGGCUCUCCAAGAAUUUCAGAGGGAGCCCAGCCUGGCCAGUACGUUGCUCGUAUAUCUGUCACUGACCCAGACUAUGGAGAGUACGCUAACGUCAAUGUCUCCCUGGAGGGGGGUGAUGGGAAGUUUGCUCUAACAACCAAGGACAGCAUCAUUUAUCUGAUAUACGUAGAUCAGGUCUUGGACAGAGAGGAGCGAGAUUCGUAUGACUUAAGGGUCAUGGCCACAGACUCGGGCACACCUCCCCUCAGGGCAGAGUCCUCCUUCACCAUCCAAGUAACGGAUGUCAAUGACAACCCUCCUCUGUUUGACCAGCAGGCGUACAGACAAACCAUUCCUGAGGUUGUGUAUCCCGGGUCCUUCGUUCUUCAGGUAACAGCCAGGGACAAGGACCAAGGCCACAACGGUGACGUGCGUUACAGCCUACUGAAGGGCAAAAACUCUCGUUCUGACUGGUUCUUGAUUGAUGCAGUUACGGGGAUCAUUACCACUGCAACUGCUCUGGACUUUGAAUCCGAGCCGGCUCCUAGUGUAACUGUUGUGGCGACAGAUGGCGGUCGCCCGCCUUUGUCAUCAACCGUGAACGUAGACAUUGUGCUACAAGACGUUAAUGACAACGUACCUGAGUUUUCAAAGAAGUUCUACAAUGCCUCCAUCAAAGAAAACACCCCGGCUGGUACCUGCUUUUUAGAGGUAUCAGCCACGGACAAGGAUCGAGGUUCUUUCGGUACUAUAACCUACACCCUUGGUUCCAGUUCAGGAAGCGUUUUACCCUUUUCCAUGAGCAAGGAGAGUGGCCAGCUUUGCACCAGCACAACUCUGGACAGGGAUGACGGACUGGACAAGUUUGAUCUAACUGUGACCGCAACAGAUGGGGGUGGUCUGAGCUCCAUAGCUCGUGUGAGGGUAACAGUGGUGGACAUCAAUGACAACCGGCCAACCUUCUACCCAGUUCAGUACACCGUCAGCCUAAGCACCCACAGUGCCCCAGGGACCUCUGUUGUCAAGGUAACAGCCAAUGACCCUGACGCUGGAGAAAACGGCAGGGUGACCUAUCGCACUGUACCUGGAGGAGGCUCCACUUUCUUCACCCUGAACAAGGACUCAGGAGUAAUUUCUCUCUCACGCUCACUUCAUGGCAAAGCAAACACAGUCAUCUCCAUGGUGAUUUCAGCGGAGGAUGGUGGUGGUCAGACGGCACCCGUCAAUGCCCGAGUGAAUGUGAGCAUAGUGGGAGGCUCUGUGGUGUCUCCAACUUUUGACCAGGCUCAGUAUUUUUUCACCGUGUCCGAGGAUGUCCUCAGGGGGACGGCAGUGGGGGCAGUCCGGGCUGCUUUUAAGACAGGUGUUUCUAAUUAUAUCUUCUAUUCCAUUUCUUCUGGAGAUCCUGAUGGCUACUUUACAGUGGACAGUUCCUCUGGUACCAUUCGCACCGUCCUUCCUCUUGACCAUGAAACCUGCCCCAGUCUUGACCUGGAGAUCCAGGCACGCUCUGGCUCUCCUCCAGCCUACGGAAGCAGCCGGGUGCACAUAACUAUAUCAGACGUAAACGACAACGCCCCUACCUUCCUCCCCUCCUCAUCAGAGUCGCUCCUUUUGCCUGAGAUCACCAAAAUGGGAACGGUUAUCUACCGCAUUCAGGCCACGGACAAAGACUCCGGUCAUAACAGUCAGCUCAGCUUUGACCUGAUCUCUGCUGGCACCACAGGCAGCAGUGGCCAGAGGACGUUUGGUGUUGACCGCGGCAGCGCGGAAAUACGUUUGAUCGGGAGUCUCUCAUAUGAAAAUGUCCCACGCUAUGAUCUCCAGGUCGUUGCCAAGGAUGGUGGAGCUCCUCAGCUCAGCUCCACCUUCACACUUGUGGUUCACAUCCAAGCGCAAGACGCAAAAGGCCCCACCUUUGACACCCUUACCUACCGGGUGGAGCUGCGAGAGAACACACCUCUAAACACACGUUUCCUCCAGGUUCGAGCACUCAACAGAGAGGCUUCUGGGAAUGGUGGGAGCUCUUCGUCUUCCUCCAUUUUCUACCGACUCAGACCCGACGGUGAUGCAGCUGGAUUCGGCAUCAUGCCAGACACUGGGUGGCUGUUUGUUCGGAGCUCUCUGGACAGAGAAGUGAAAGACAUGUACCUGCUGACUGUCCUUGCCACAUCAGGCCCAGGAGGGGUGGGGAGAACCGGCAGUGCCACUGUCAGGGUGACUGUAACUGAUGAGAAUGAUAAUUCCCCAAGACUGAGCCAGGAAAGGGUUUUCCUGGCUGUCCGAGAGAACUUACUGGCAGGAACAGGCUUUGGUAGGGUGUCAGCAACAGACAGAGAUGCAGGACUAAAUGCUCGACUCACAUACAGACUGAUGCACUCGGACAGGCACUUUCAGAUCAAUUCACAAACAGGUGAGAUCAGUACCCACCUCGCCCUGGACAGAGAGCAGCAGUCAAGCUAUCAGUUUGUUGUGGUUGUACAGGAUGGAGGUACGCCUCCCCGCAGUGCUACAGGGACAGUCCACAUCACUGUGCUGGAUGAAAACGACCAUGCACCCAGUUUCACACAUGCCAGACCUGAAAGGGAGUUGCUGUUUCAGGUGACAGAGGGGCUUCCAUCUGGAACUGUUGUGGGGACCCUGACAGCUAAAGAUCCAGAUGAGGGAGAGAAUGGUACCAUCCUCUACUCUUUAUCAGGUUCCAGAGCAGAGUGUUUCUCCCUGAACCCAACCAGUGGUGAGCUAAAAACUGCUUCCCCGUUACGAUGGGCGGAACGAGCCGAGUAUGCAUUUACUGUGAUCGCUGCCGACCACGGCACACCAGGGCGCAGCUCCAACUGUCAGAUACGCAUAGAGGUUCUCAGCUUGUCCAGGUUAGUCCCAACGCCAAAUGUCCUUUCUAUGACCCUGAACACAGUGGAAGGAACUGCUCCUGGCUCCAUCAUUGGUUCAUUACGUUCAGUCAACCAGCAGGAAUCUGCCAUACUGGAAGGCCAGGUGACCUACCUGGUAGUGGGAGGCACUGACCGGGAUGGGACCUUUAUGGUGGACCGUGUAAAGGGUGAUGUGUACCUGGUGCGUGAGCUGGACUAUGAGAAGGGGUCGAGGUACACCCUGCACAUCGAAGUGUCGGACUUCUCUCAGGUGUUUCCUAGCAGCCACCUGUUGAAGCUGGAGAUCAACGUACAGGACAGUAAUGACCACGCCCCUGAGUUUUCAGAGGAUCCUAUUACAGUUGUGGUCCCAGAGAACACAGAGCCGGGGUCUUCUAUUUAUGCCUUCCAGGGUGUGGAUCAGGAUGGCCGUGGGCCCAACAGUGACCUACAAUACUCCAUCGAGCACCAGUGGCCAGAUACGUCUGACCUCCUGGUACUAGACCCUUCUAGCGGCAUCCUGACCCUGGGGCAGAAGUUAGAUCGUGAGACUACACCGUCCCUCUACCUUGUGGUACGAGCCACAGACCAGGCAGUAGAUCCCACCAAGAGGCGAUGGGGUUCAGUCACCGCUCGGUUGUUUGUGACAGAUGAAAAUGACAACGCUCCAGUCUUUAGCUCUCCCUCUGCAGUCAGUGUUAUGGAGGAUCAACCUGUAGGGUUCGUGAUUUUAUAUGUUGUGGCUCGAGAUAAAGAUGAAGGAGAAAAUGGCAGAGUACUGUUCAGAAUCCAGGCAGGCAAUCGGGAUGGCCGCUUCAGUCUGAACCCCAACACUGGUUCUCUCUCUAUUCUUAAAGCUCUGGACCGGGAAGAGCAAGAAGUUUACAAUUUAACAAUUGUAGCAGAGGACCACGGUACGCCUCAGCUCUCCACCUCCCAGGUGUUGUGCGUGCAUGUGAUCGACGUGAACGAUGAAGCUCCGGUGUUCCAGCAAACAGAGUUUGAGGCUCAGGUGAUGGAAAAUCAAGGACCAGGAACCACAGUGUUGACUGUAAUAGCAACUGAUCGCGACCAAGGUUCUAAUGGUCAGAUAACUUAUGGAGGUGUGACAGAGGACGGCUUCAUCAUCAAUCCUGUAACAGGGGUCAUCACCACCACCAAGGAACUUGACACAGAAUAUCAGAAGAUCUACACUCUCACUGUCUAUGCCAGAGAUGGAGGGCUGCCUCCUAACUUCGCCAAGGCUUUAGUUCGUGUGGAGGUGCUGGAUGUGAAUGACAAUGUUCCAGUCUUUGCAAAGAUGUGGUAUGGACUCCAAGUUCCAGAAAACCAGGAACCUGUAGUGCUUUGCUCCAUCAAGGCUACAGAUCCUGACUCAGGUCCAGGUGGAGAACUGGAGUACAAAAUAGCCUCUGGAGACCCUGAAGGAGAUUUCCAGCUCCAUGCCAGCACAGGAACCUUGUCCACCCUGCGAGAGCUUGACAGAGAGAGAAAGGCAGAGUAUAACCUGGAGAUGGUGGCCACAGACCGAGGCAGCCCUGCUCUCAGCGCCACUGUAACAGUGCAAGUCAAAGUGCUGGAUGUCAAUGACAACAGCCCCAUCUUUACAAGAAAUAGCUACUCAGCAGAGGUAUCAGAAGAUGCUAAAGAAGGUUCUCAAGUUCUUGAGGUGUCAGCGACAGAUGCCGAUGAGGGUUUUAAUGGGAAAGUUCUGUAUUUCCUCAGCCAGGAGGCACAUGGAACAUUUACUGUGGAUGAAGAGACUGGCCAAAUCACCACAUCAGCUCUUCUGGACCGUGAAAAAAUGGCAUCAUACAGCUUCCGGGUUUUCGCUGUUGAUCUUUCACCUGCUGCACCCAGGAACUCCUCUGCUGAGGUGACGGUCACCAUCCUUGACAUCAACGACAAUGCUCCCUUCUUCAUUCAAGAUCCAUUGAUCAUUGAAGUAUCCAGCAGGCACUCCCAGUUGGUUUUAGCCACCAUGAAGGCCGAAGAUAAAGACUUUGGAGCCAAUGGUUCUGUGUUUUAUCGCUUUGCUGCCCCAGUGCAGGGCUUUAGUAUCAACUCCUUGACUGGGGAGAUUCAAGCCACCAAGCCUUUGAGAGAUCUGACCCAAGUUCAGAGGACCCUGAUAGUGGAGGCCAUGGACCAAGGCAGUCCAGCUCAGUCUGCACAGGGUGUGGUGGUGAUUUAUGUGAAAGAAGUGGAGUACAACGGCAUUCGGUUUUCUAGGAAUGCUAGAGAUGUUAGCAUUCAAGAAAAUGCUACAAAAGGUACAGCUGUGGCUCAGGCUCAGGCCCAAUAUCCAGAUGGCACACGUAAAGGAAUUAGUUAUAGACUCUUUAGUGGAAACAAAAAGCAGGCUUUCAGCAUUAGUUCAUCAACAGGGGAAAUCUGGGUUGAGAGCGCCAGAGGACUUGAUUUUGAGGACACUCCCAGGCUUCGCCUUGUCAUUCAAGCUGAAACUGUGACUUCCACAUCAUUCAUGGCUAUUAACUUGGUCUUGCAGGAUGUCAAUGACAACCUCCCUCGCUUCCAGCUACAGAAUUAUGUAGCUUACAUGAAAGAAGCACAAGGAUAUGAAACACCAAUCAUACGGGUAGUGGCUGAGGACGUAGAUCAAGGCCAAAAUGGUCAGGUGACAUACUCCAUCCAGUCAUCAAGCAUGAGUGGCCUGUUUAAAAUUGACCCCGUCACUGGAAGCAUCACUACAGCAGCCAUCAUGGACCGUGAGAUCUUUACACAGACCAAACUUGUAGUUACCGCAACUGACAGAGGAAGUCCGCGAUUGGCUGGUUCAGCCACACUCACAGUGAUAAUUGUCGACCAGAAUGACAAUAGUCCAACUAUUCCUUUGCCCCAGGAAAUCCGCAUUCCAGAAAAUACAUUAAUCGGCACAGAAAUCACUCUUGUGACUGGGAAUGAUGUAGACUCUAGUCCUGCCUUGUCCUACUCCUUGCAGCUUGAUCCAACAGCUUUAGGCAAAUUUGGGAUUCACCGUUACAGUGGUGGUGUAUCCCUCACUGGCUCUUUAGACUUUGAGGAAAAGACAUGGUACACCCUGACUGUCAGAGCCACAGACAGCCAGCACCAAACUGAGGCUAACAUUACAAUUGUGGUGGAGGACAUUAAUGACAAUGCACCUGCAUUCACCCAUGACCUCUAUCAGGUUACCUUGCCUGAGCACACACCACCUGGAAGUGCAGUUAUCACAGUAACAGCAACUGACAAGGACUCUGGAAAUAAUGGGAAGAUUACCUACAGGGUGAUGUCGUCAACUCAGGAUGGUUUCUACAUUGACCCCAGCAAUGGGACCUUGUUCAUCAAUCACAGAGCUGAGUUUGACCCUGAACGCCUAUCAGUCAACAUUGUCAUUGAAGCUCGUGAUGGAGGCGAGCCUUCCCUCUCCUCUCUUGCAAUGAUUCAAGUGCAAAUUUCUGACAUUAAUGACAAUGCUCCAGUGUUUCAUCAGUCUGAGUACAGAUCUACAGUUUCAGAGGACACCAUCCCAGGGUCAACAAUUCUAACUUUUGAGGCCUUUGACAGUGACCUCUCACGAGAAAACUGUGGCUUUGACUUUGCUAUUGCCAAUGGGAAUGAAGGAAAUGCAUUCCAGAUUGAAAGUAGUGUGCGGUUCUUGGAGGGACGGGGCUUUCAAACAGUAGGAACCUUACUGUUGGCAGAGGGACUUGACUUUGAGAUCAAGCCCUUAUAUAAUCUCACGGUGGUGGUGUCUGACCGUGGUGUUCCUCAGAGAAGUUCCAGUGUUGCUGCAGUGAUAAUAAUUUCAGAUGUGAAUGACAACCCUCCAGUGUUCAGCAGAGCAGAGUACACAGUGUCACUUAGUGAGGGAGCUGCCUCUGGGACUGAGAUUAUACGACUGACAGCAACAGACCUAGAUUCAACUCCUAAUGCUGAAGUCCAAUAUACUAUAAGCUCUGGCGAUGAUGUGAACCUAUUUUCUAUUGACCAGUGGACAGGAGCUUUGAGACUUCAACAAGCACUUGAUCGAGAGCACCAGCCUACACAUACAGUCAUUAUUCAAGCCUCUGAUGGGCAAGGUCACUUUGCACUAGCUCCAGUCAUUGUUGAGGUGAAAGACGUAAAUGACAACCAUCCAUUCUUCCCCGUUCAAGUCCUGACAGCAAGUAUCCGAGAAAACCAACCAGCAAACUCAGCUGUGACUGUUCUGCAUGCUAUAGACCACGACACAGGAGUGUUUGGUCAGUUAAAAUACUACAUGCUGGAGAGGCCUGGAUCUGGAAAAGCAAGCUUUGUUGUGGACAAGAGUUCAGGUGAAAUCAAAAGCAAGAUUCCUUUUGACUAUGAGAAAAUAAACUCUUUUAAUUUUGAAGCAGUGGCUGUGGAUUCAGGCAACCAUUCAGCCACUGUAACUGUACAGGUGUUUGUCACCGGUGAGGAUGAAUAUGAUCCACUCUUCACAUCCAAUGAUUUUUCUUUUGGAGUACCAGAGGGAGCCAAGAAAGGCCAGAGUAUUGGCCAGGUCCAAGCAAACGAUGAGGAUGGAGGGGUGGACGGUAUUGUUCUCUACUCUCUUACUUCCAUUUCCCCAUAUUUUGAUGUAAACAAAACUACUGGUGUGAUUUUUUUGAAGAUGGACAAUUCAGGCAGCAGUAGUAGCGGAUCAGGCCAGGCAAAACAGGAAACUAGGGUCAUGACUCUGGAUGUGAAAGCUCACAGUCCACUGGAUGCAUCUCGCUUGACAUCAGCCCAGAUCUCUAUUGAUGUCACAAACACCAACUUUGGCCUGGCUGCUGAUGUAAAUGCUCUGGUUAUCAGCAUCAUAGCUGUGUCUCUUGCCUUUAUCAUACUGCUUGUUGUCACGGCUGUGGUGGUGUUUUUUGUCAAGUCUCGCAAGAGGAAGAAGGACCAGGAUAAAGGAAACAGAUCUCUUGCGUCAGCAAAUGCUUUGAAAAAAAUGGACGAAACUGGACCCGGAAGUGAGAAUAUUUACCACCAGACUUUGCCAGGUUACGGUGGUGAUCAGGGAGGACAUGGUGCUUCUUAUACUCGAGGAGGUUCUUUGGAUCCUUCUCACUCCAGUGGAAGAGGUUCAGCUGAGGCAGCAGAAGAUGAUGAGAUCAGGAUGAUUAAUGAGUACCCCCGUGUUGCCUCUAUUACUUCAUCAAUGCAAGAGCACAUCUCAGCCAGAGGACCAGACUCUGGAAUCCAGCAGGAUGCAGACCAGCUCUCUGAUAUUUCCUGUGAGCCUGCUGCUUUGGAAGGCAGCACUUGGUUCAAAGGAAAGAAAUUGGGAGGCAGUCUGAGUGGGACCUUGCUUUCUGGCCAGCUCCCAGUCUACAGGGAUGAAGGAGGUGGUUACCUGGGAGUAGGCCGUGGACUAAACAUUUCCCUCCCGAAGGAUUACGCCUUCCCUGAGGAUGGUAAACCAUCAGUGGAUGGUUCCCUAACUGCUAUUGUUGCGAGUGAUGAGGAGCUUCGUGGAAGCUAUAACUGGGAUUACCUGCUCAACUGGUGCCCUCAGUUCCAACCUCUUGCUAAUGUCUUCACUGAGAUUGCUCGGCUUAAAGAUGAAACUGCUCAACAAAAUCAAAACCCCCGUCAGCCGUUUCAGCCAAAGCCCAAAAUGGACCCCAAACCAAGAAUUGACCCUCCACCACUCAUCACAUCAGUGGCUCACCCUGGGGCCAUGUCGGUUCCUCCUAAAGUCCCUGUGAUUGGGCGGACAUUCCCCCACUUAUCCUUACUCCGCAGGUCCCCUAUCAGUCAUGAGGGAUCUAUUUCUUCAGCAGCAAUGUCGCCAAGCUUCUCCCCAUCUCUGUCCCCCUUGGCUGCUCGAUCUCCAGCUGUUUCGCCUUUUGGAGUCAACCAGGGGCCCUCAGCAUCGAUGAUUAGCACUAGGGAGCCCUCACUUGACCAGAGUUCUGAUCAUGAGAUGAGAAUAUAAUUACAAA